AUGGCUUCAGGCUCCACGGCGGGAGGUCUUGCCAUGCGUGAAGCUGUGGCCGAUGGCAUUGUUCCUGUCAACUUGGAGCUCGGGGGUAAUGAUCCGGCGUAUGUGCGGCCACAUGCAGAUCUGGCUUGCUGUGCCGUGGAGCGCAUUUACGUUCAUCAAGAUGUUCAUGACCAAUUUGUCAAGGCACUUCAGGACGAGCUCAAGGAUUAUGUUGUCAUCUAUGAAUACGAUUCACACGCUGAUGAAUCACUGCUAAACUUCGACCCAGGUACACCCUUGACCAUCAACGCGCAAAUCUCCGACGCCCUUACCAAGGGCGCCGUAAACGCCACUCCCGAGAACAUGUCAUUUACCAGCGCUUUCAAGGACGGUAACUUUGUUGCGCCUAUCCUGCUCACCAACGUGACGCACGACAUGCAAGUGAUGCGUGAGGAAACAUUCGGACCAGUGAUUCCCGUCGCCAAGGUCAAGGAUGAUGAUGAGGCGGUGCGAUUGAUGAACGAUACCGAGUACGGCUUGACUGCGAGCGUGUGGACAAAGGACAUUGCCCGCGGCGAGGAGCUGAUUGAGCUGCUCGAGGCUGGUACCGUGUUUGUGAAUCGCUGCGACUAUCCAAACCCUGACCUUGCAUGGACGGGUUGGAAAAGAUCUGGCUUGGGCUGCACCUUGGGGCCACGCGGGUAUGAUGCUUUCGUCAAGCUCAAGAGCUACCACGUCAAGGAAAAGCAGGGAUAA